UUUGGGAUUGCGCGGUCAAGAUUUCUCCCGGGUUGAGUUGAGCUCGGACAGGACGCGAGACUGACUGCAUCUGCGUGCGAACAGUAAGAUCAGCUGGGCUAAGAGAGAAGACAUUGAGAAGACUCAGAGGUGAAGAGCAGGCAGUGGACAUCACAGUGUGAGGAGGACAGUGUCUCGGACCACACUUCCUCCAAUAAACACUGCAACUGUCACACAGCUGGUUUUAACCAGGCCAGUCAUUACGUUUGACCCCACUUUACCGUCUCAGGUGUGGGGAGCCAUUUAGUCACGACAGACAGACAUUACUGAGAUCCUCCCGCCCUUCUCAAGAGAAAACAUCACUUUUAUAUUCACACCUGUUACUAAACCCCAGCAGAUUCCUUCAUUAUACUUUUCGUUUUGUAAUCACUGACCAAACCCUCUCUCAUGGGAGUAACAUAGAGACCAGCCCAGCACAGACACUCUCUGUUCUCUUUCUCUCUCGCAUUCACACACUCACACACACUGGUCUGCACCUUGUUCAGGAUGCCCUCCUCCUCCAGAGUGAUUAGCUGGGGAAGGACGCGGCUCUUGUGGUGAUUGGAGGGGGGAGCGGAGCGGAGCUGGACCCAUGUCGUGGAAGCGGAACUACUUUGCUUCAGGCAGCAGCGGGCUGCAGGGGAUGUUUACCCCACGCACCAUGACCUCCAUCGCUCCCAGCAAAGGCCUGAGCAAUGAGCCGGGUCAGAACAGCUGCUUCCUAAACAGCGCACUGCAGGUCCUUUGGCAUCUCGACAUCUUCCGCCGAAGCUUCCGGCAACUGAAUACCCACAAGUGCAUGGAGGACUCGUGCAUCUUCUGCGCUCUGAAGAGCAUCUUUGCCCAGUUCCAGUUCAGCAGUGAGAAGGUGCUCCCAUCGGACGCCCUGCGCAGCGCUCUGGCCAAAACCUUCCAAGACGAGCAGCGCUUCCAGCUGGGCAUCAUGGACGACGCGGCCGAGUGUUUCGAGAACCUCCUGAUACGGAUCCACUUCCACAUCUCGGAUGAGACCAAGGAGGACAUCUGCACAGCCAAGCACUGCAUCCCACAUCAGAAGUUUGCCAUGACACUUUUCGAACAGUGUGUUUGUAAUAAUUGUGGAGCCACAUCGGAUCCUCUCCCCUUCAUUCAGAUGGUGCACUACAUCUCCACCACAUCUCUCUGCAGUAACCAAGCUGUGCGAAUGCUGGAAUGUAAGGAGAAGCCCACGCCUGACAUGUUUGGAGAGCUUCUCCGCAACGCCAGCACCAUGGGCGACCUGCGAAACUGUCCGAAUAACUGUGGUGAGAUGUUACGGAUUCGGCGGGUUCUGAUGAACUGCCCGGAGAUCAUCAGCAUCGGCCUGGUGUGGGACUCGGAUCACUCUGAUCUAGCCGAAGACGUCAUCCACAGCCUGGGCACGUGCCUCCGAUUGGGUGAUCUGUUCUACCGUGUGACAGAUGAGAGGGCCAAACAAUCGGAGCUCUACCUUGUGGGCAUGGUUUGCUACUACGGCAAGCAUUACUCCACCUUCUUCUUCCAGACCAAGAUACGCAAGUGGAUGUACUUCGAUGAUGCACAUGUGAAGGAGAUCGGACCUAAGUGGAAGGAUGUGGUGUCGAGAUGUAUAAAAGGCCACUACCAGCCACUUCUGCUGCUGUACGCUGACCCCCGAGGAACGCCCGUGUCAUCGCAAGACAUGCUGGCAGCGCAGCUGGACCUGCACCACAGUAGCAAGGCCGGCUAUGACAGCGAAGACUCCGGGAGGGAGCCCUCAAUUGCAAGUGACACACGCACAGACUCUUCCACAGACAGCUACAGCUACAAGCACUCUCGAUCACACCAUGAGUCCAUGGCCUCCCAUUUCUCUUCUGACUCUCAGGGAACAGUGGUGUGUAAUCAGGACAGCAGCGGUUCCCAGAACAGCAUGGAUACUGCAGGGGAGGUUCUUAAAGACCAGGCCACUCCCCUUUGUACGCCGAGACCCUCUUCUACUGGCCAUCUGCAGGACUAUAAAGAGACUGUGAAUAUGAUCCACAGCAGACCCCUCUCAUCCUCCUCUAGCUCAGGAGUGGGCGGCUCGGAGGCUGGGGCGCAGGCGAGAGAUUGGGAAGACGAGAGCACCAGCAGCGAGUCCAAGUCCAGCUCCAGUGGAGGGCGCUAUCGGCCCACAUGGAGACCCAGAAGAGAGGCCCUGAACAUUGACAGUAUCUUCAGCCGGGAAAAGCAUCGGCCAGCCGGCUACGCCACGCUCGGACCUUCCCCGCUGCCGGAAGACCCGAUGUCACCAGGGCACAGUGAGCUGGUCUCAGGGGCUGCGGCGGAGCGGUCAAACAUUGCAGCAGCAGAGAUGGGGGCCAUGACCGAUGGCUCAGGGGGCGUGCCAGAAACGGAAGUGGAGCAUCUACCGAUCCCGCCACCUUUAAGAGGUGUGGAACAGCAGCCUCGACUGAUCCAGAGGAUGGAGAGUGGCUACGAAAGUAGUGAGAGGAACAGCAACAGCCCCAUCAGCAUGGACAUGCCCCUCAGCGACAACCCAAGCACCAGUGCUCACAGGGACAGCGGCAGUAAGAGACCGGUGACUUCUGGGCCCUCCUGGCGCACAGUGCCCAAGUCCAAAAGCAGCAGUGCCAUCCUGCAAGACCUCAAAUCACCCACCUGGAGCAGCAGUCCACUGAGUUUGGGAGAGGGGCGCAGCGAGCUGGAUGAAUUGCAAGAGGAAGUUGCUCGCAGGGCCAGGCAGCAGGAGCUCCAGAGGAAAAAGGAGAAGGAGAGAGAAGCAGCGCAGGGCUUCAACCCCAGACCCAGCAAGUUCAUGGACCUGGACGAACUUCAGCACCAGGGGAAGGGGGGCAGUUUUGAGCACUGCCUGGCGGAGGCUGACUCUCUCUUAGAGCAGUCACUGCGCCUGGAGCAAGCUGGGGAUACAGCUACAGCCCUGGCGCUCUCCCACCAUGCUGUGUCUAAACUAAGAUUUUCCAUGCAUGAGGGCAGUGCUAACACUCAUAGCAGGACUGCUGACGCCAAGCUGCAAAAAUGCAUGAGGAGAGCGCGGGGCCUACAGCAGCGCAUGCAGCAACAGCAAGAGCAGCAGCAGGAGCCCAGCCGCCCACAGGGCCCCACCAGUGAACAGCCUGGCCCGGUCCAAGUAUUGUUGACAGCCAAUCAGGAAGAGGUCUGGGAGACCAAUCAGGAUUCUGUGCUUGGCCCACCCUCUCCUCAACACAUGAAAUCACCCUCCUCUUGUACAAACUCCCCAUCUCAGCCUUCUAGCCGCCCAUCGCUCAAUCCCCGGCCUGCCUCUUCUCAGCCACAGCCCCAAGAGCGUGAUGAACACAACAAUUGGACAACCCAGAAUGAGGACGAAUGGGGUGGCAUCAGAUUAUCAGAUGUUCUCCAAGCAUCAGGCAUUCGGAUCAUGCCCAUACGCAAGCACCUUGCCAUAUCUCUGCCCUCUUUGCCCCUUGACUUCUGGGGUGUAUUGGGAGAGGACGAAGAGGUCUCCAGCUGUCAGCACCCUCAAUCUCCAAAUCCUCCUUUGUGGCAGGGCACUGCAGAUAGUCCAGACCAGAUACCCCAAUCCAGCAAUCCCAGUCCACCACCCAUCCCUGUUGAGGAGAAGGGGCCAGUGCCCCGAAGAGCCCCCAUAUGGCAACCCCUGUGUGCAUCUUCCCAGCCCUGCACCAAAUUGACCCCUCCAGUUGCUGCCCGUCAUUGGUCCUCUUGGAGCCUAGACCGUCCUGAUGCUGUUGUCAACCCCUAUGACACACCUCCUGAUCAGAACCAGCAAACAGGACCUGCCCUCUCUCAACACACACCUGGAAGACACCUUGCUCCUCACAUUCCCAUGAGCACCAGGAAGAAGAACAUCCCUAAGUACUCAAACUUCCAGAGCAUGGAGUUGGAACCCACAGAGGCCGAGGACCAGGAACUCUCUGAAUUGGACUCACUUUACCAGUCUAGUCUGCAGGCUGGCCCGGGUCCUGGCCGAGCCCUGUGUGGUACCAGCUCACCUGCUGUUUCGAGACCAGUACCUCCUGCUGCACGAAAGCUGCUCACUGGAGUCGGACGCUCUCGCACCCCCACGGCUGAACUUGAGAGAACCGCUUAUGGACCACCAGGUUGUUGCAGCCCUACUGGAUAUAUGAACAUGCCCCUGUCAGUGGCCCAUCAAGAGCCUCAGUCAGGAGAGGAAGACCAGUAUGAUGCGGAUCACCUGCGCCGUAUUGCUCGCAGCCUGAGUGGAACGGUCAUUGGCCGUCGCCAGAACCGCCUUGCCGUCUCCCGAAGCUUCAUACAAGUUCUCAGCAAACCAGCGUCCCAGAAUCGUCAUCGCUUUGCUGAACAUUUUUUCCCAAGCAACUCUCCUGCGAACGUUUUUUGGUAGCGGGAUGGGUUAAUGUCAUGUACAUGUACAUGUAGAUGCUAAGUACUUCAACCUGUACUAAGUGAAUCGAGAUGUUUUGUACGGUGUCAUCUCUCAGCUGUGGUGCUUUUUGUCGGAGCAGGCAUGUAAAUCUGUGGCCCUGGCACGGAGCGUGGAAUGAGACUGUCUCUUCUAACCUUUUUCCUCCUAUUUCUCUGAUACGGGCAUUCCCUGUAGCACACAGCUGUUUUGUGUCUCGUGUUACAGGCAAAGACUGUGUACAUGUUUGACUGAACAUACACUAACAAAUGAAUUUAUUGUUAAUAAAAAACUACAACAUCUUAAGAAAUAUACAGAGGAAUGGAGAAACUACGCAAUGACGUUAUGGAAUGUUAAUCAAUUCUAGUGGUAAUAAUUAUUAUCUGCAUUAAGACAAGUAUAGUACACUUCAGAAGUGUAAAGCUGGAGAAAAACUGCUAUUUUAAUUCCAUUGACAGUUCUCCCAUUUAUACAGGGAGAUAUGCCAAGUUAAGCUUCCUUUUUAUUGUUUAUUUUACUUGAUUCAAUUUUUUUUUUUUUAACUUGCAGUGACACUGAAACCACAGCUAUGAGUCUGGCACAUGAUGGAUCUUCAGGCCUGUAAUGAUUGAGGGGUCUCAUUCCAUUCAAUUUUUGUAGAAUCUAUAUUAUUUCUAGAUUUUACUUUAAUCAACACAGCUGAAGAAUGUUCGGCCCCUGAUAGCAUAGAUAGCCUGCAAUUUGGACAGUAUUAUGUACUGUAUAUGGGGCCUUGAGCAAGGAAUGCUUUCAUACUGUUAUUCAAAUAAACGUAAUAGGAUUUGUGAGAUAUAUUAACGAUACUCCAAUACUGAUCAACAGAUGUUUCAUAUCACAAUAUAAUAUGAUUAAUGCAGUAUUUAACUUUUCAUUCUAAUCAUAUUGUGCUGUGAUAUGUAUUAUUUUUUUCAUUAAAAACCUUUGAGUGCUGAAAUUAAAAUGAUUAUAAAAGAAAUAACGUACAGAGAUAGAUCUUAUUUAACUUUGUCUUAACCAAAGAUUGGCUCUAACACAAAGAUAUGUUUUUUGUCAUUUAUUCAUCUUUCCUUUCAUUUAAAGUAUUUUUGAGAAUGUAGCAAAGGUGGUGUAUGAGUAUGCUAUGCAAAAUGCUCUCUCCUGAACUACCAGCAAAGAGUCAGACUGGGACAAAAUCAAAUACUUUUUCUUUUUUUUUCCUAUAUACUGAGGAAGAAAAUGAUUUCCUGCUGAAUUGUUGAAUCUUUACUUAUUAAUGUCUGUACAGUUAACAGCCUUUGAAUGCACGUUGUAGCUGGUGGGAGGAGGAUUUCUCAAAGAUGAAAUGGCAUUUCAAAGUUUUCCAUUGGGGACUCAUUUGUAAAUGCUUGAGGUUGAGUGAACUUGUAUUUUUGCAAUAAAGUUAUUACCAAUGCACUCCAGCAGGGGCGCUGCACAA